AUGCGGAGCGAGGCGUCAGAGGUGCUGACAAGGGGCGUCACAGGAGACCGGUCAGCCGAUUGGGUCCUGGGCAGCUCUGCCCCCAGCCUCCCCUCAGAGUCUCCUGACGAUGGUGAAGGGGCCGAAGAUGUUGAUCCGGAUGAGAGUGUCAGCCAGAGGGCAAUGCGUGUAUCCAGUGUGAUGCCCAGUGACCACGGCCCCCUUGACACAGCAAUCAGUGCUGUGUCUAGGAUAAGGACAAGGGCGCACGUCUCGGCACCGGCCCGCCGCCGCACCUGCCGUCACCCACGGGAGCCGUCUCCCUCCCGACGCAGGUGCACCCUCCGCCUGGGCCUCCGCUCCGCUGAUGGAGAACGUGUUGCCAACACCACACUCAUAGAUGCCCUGCUGGACAAGGAGUUCCACCUCAUCAUCAAUGAUACAGUUUACAUCUCCUGUCUUGAAAAGGAGUUUACUACCAGGGAGCAUGCCAGAGAACUGGAUGACAUGAAACAUGUUGUACACCUGCUGCACACAGCACUCCACCUGCCUGAACACCACCUGAUGCAAGAGAGGCAGCUGCUGGAGAAGCUGGACAACCUCAAACAAGAGUUGUCCCCUCUGGAAAAGGUAGGAGAUGAGUCUGAACACGUGUAUGACAUCCAGUGUUGUGCUAGUUACUGA